CACACACACACACACAUCUGUUCAUACGAGAUAAAAUCACGGAAAAAAUGUUUCGAUGACAUCUCCAUGUAUCUGAGGCCACGCCUUCUGGUCUUCUGAAGCCUUAAUGAUUCAAGUCAUUACAAUAAACCUCAGGUCAUUAAGGACUGACCUGAGGAACACACACACACACACACACACACACACACACACACACACACACACACACACACACACACACACACGUACAAACGAACACACAACGCCGGGGGUAUUUAUGGGCGUCAAACCAACGAGCACUUCACAGCUUCUCAAGGAGGUCUCGGGUCAAGAGGUCUCCUGUUCUUGUUUCUCGCAAACAUGAGGAUCCCUGUACACACCUGUAUCAAAUGUUCAUGGUGUAAUAAUUACUUCCCGUUGUCCGCACUCGCAGCUCAUAGGGCGGCCUGCCUUCCAGAGGGCCUUGGGACUGGAUCGAAAGAUAUAUCUACUAGAAACAAUGAAGAGACACCGUCGACUAGCUCUGAUCGAUCAGAUGUCGGUUUCUCUCAACCAGGCCCCAGCGAUAUUGGAAGUUGUUCUCCACGGACGGGUCUCAGCGACGAAGCCAGUCAAAACCAAAGGGCUAUCUCCGAAGAAGGCGGGUCUGGUAGGCUCAGCCAUUGCCUCUCCUCUUCAGCGAUCGGUAGUGGACGAAAACGAAAACAAGCGAAUACAGGAACAAACGACACCUGCAGGAAAAAGCAAGCCCGUCGUGAGGGAUUCUCCCAUCCAAACAGUUCUCCACAGCCAGGGCCCAGCGGUUAUAACCCGGGACGGCCGGCAACAACACCCUCACCAACACCCGGUGAAAUAAGCCAACAUUUCAACGGGGCCUUAACAACGAUCGACGUGCCCGUCCCACCAGCAGACAACGGCGACAUUGCAUCAUAUUUCAACAACACUGACCGUCUUCGCGAGGCAGUAGAGUCUGUAUUCCAAGGCUGCCAGCAGGUUAGACCUCCUUCUUUUAAAGUGUACGUUGACAUGCAUCUGCGUUUAGUCAGAGAAGACCCCGACGACGGAGUUCAAUAUAGAGAUAUGUAUAUGAGAAGUCACAUGCAGGUAAUUAGCUAUGAUGAUAUAGAUUCAUAUGUACGUGAACUAUCCGAAUAUUUUGUUAAUCGGUUUGAACAUGACAUGUCAGACGAAGAGGGCAGUGGAUUUACGUUAGAUGAAAUAGUUAGCGUAAAAUUUUCCUUCUCUCUUAUAAUGCUGCACAAUAGUAUUGGAGAGUAUGUGCCCUAUCCUAAGGGUGUUCCUGGGAAAACACAAGUUCUCAACCCUUCGGGACCCACGGACUGUGUUUUCCAAGUUCUAACAGCUUAUCGCUGUCUAAAGUCAAGAAAUGUAGUUCCAUCGGGCAGACAAUGGGAGAAUGCUUGCUUGGUCUCUAUUAAUACGGGUAACAUUCCAACCCCGGUAUCCUGGGAAGACCUCGGUCGGCUUGAAAGAUUAAACAACAUAAGUAUUCGCGUUUACUGUCUAGACUCUAGACAAAGUUGAAGACAAAAAGAGGCGAACUAACUCUAGUCAGAAAGGGGCUCAAAGAUCAAGAAGUUGUUCAUUGUCUGUUGUUGGGGAACAGACACCUAGCUCUUAUCCAAGACUUUGACGCAUACAUGAACCUGUUUACCUGCCAACGUCGCGGGAAAAAAAAUGUUUUGCGAUAUCUGUCUGUGCGCCUGUGAGAACAAGACAACGCUUGCUGAACAUGUGCUAAUUUGCCCAACGAUGAUCACAAGACUAAGAUUUCCACCCGCGGGCUCUACUGUGAAAUUUAUUAAUCAUGCUAAGGCAUAUGAGCCAUCUUAUUUAGCAUUCUAUGACUUUGAGAGUAUUCUCGUAGAGCCUUCUUCGAAUGUGUCUGGAUGUGUAAAGAGACAUCACUUUGCCAUAGCGUAUGCUUACAUUAUAGUGAAUAGAAACGGAGAAACAGUACAAAGCGGAUCCUAUUGUGGAAGUAAUGCUGUAAACCAUUUUAUUCAUACAAUGCAGCGUGCCUGGAAGAAGUUAAAAUUUUCUAAAGGCUACAAUAAAAUCAACAUGACCGAUGAAGAUACGACACGUCACAAUGAGCAAACUCACUGUCUUCUCUGUAAACUGUUUUUUUUUUAAAGGUAAAGGAGUAAAACAUCAUGACCAUGAAAAAUCAGGAAACAAUUACAUUGGAGCUUAUUGUAAUAGAUGCAACCUCCAAAUGAAAAAUCACAAAUUGCAGCUCACUCUCAUUGCACAUAAUGCUAAUUACGACAUGUCGUUAAUCCUGCGUGAAUUAACGAUACCUGACUUGAAAAUCAAACUAAGACCAAAACGUUCAGUUCACAAAUACCAUGAAGUCAUCAUAAAUGACUUGAGAUUUAUUGACUCGUAUGCCUUUAUGUCUGGUUCACUCGCGGCUUUAGCGAACCAAUUCAUCAGUAAUGGGAACGAACCCAUAUGCACACAACAGAUGUUGAAAGAUGUGCCAACACCUGCGUUGCCAUUAUUGAUCAAGGGAAAGCAGGUGUUUUGUUAUGACUAUAUGGAUUCGAUGGAACGACUUUCUGAGACACGUCUUCCAUCCCGCGAAGAUUUUUUCAAUUCGCUUCAAGAAGCAGAACUUUCCGAAAGUGAUUAUGAACAUGCUCAGAAUGUUUAGAAAGUAGCUGGGUGUCAGACCCUGAAGGACUAUUUGUUGCUUUAUG